AUGCUUAGGACACUCAACACCACUGCCACCCGCUUUGCGCGCACUUACGCCACUUCUGCGGCUCAUCCCCCGCCUGCUGGACAGAUGACCAAGCCGAAGCGCUCACUCACGUACAUGGCCAGUCUGCUCGGGCUCGGCUUCGGAGGCUCGUACGCCGCCCUCCGUAUGGCCUUUGGACGCCCGCCGCCGCCCCUCAUGCGCGCUGUCCCGGACCAUCCCCGCGCUCGCCGUGUUGUCGCAUAG